UGAAACCUUGGCCACCUUGCAAGUUGGAAGAGCGGUCGCUGUCUCUCUUUCCCCCCCCUUGGCUGGCUGGGAUAUUCGGGGUCUCGCUGAGCCAGGAUGGGGCCGGAGCCCGAGGAAACCCGGCACAACUCGGGCUGACGCUAGCAUUUGAUUUCUCUUGCAGCGGGCGAAGAUGCCUUUCCACCCUGUCCACACCGGCCUCUUGUACAAAGGGAAUAAUUACCUGAGCGGAUCGCUGUCGGACGGGAGCGAGAGCGAACAGUUGGCCAACAUCUCAGAAGAGGAGUUAGACGAAAUAAGAGAAGCCUUUCGAGUAUUGGAUCGUGAUGGGAAUGGGUUCAUUUCAAAGCAAGAGUUGGGCAUGGCCAUGAGAUCCCUGGGCUACAUGCCCAGUGAGGUGGAACUUGCCAUCAUCAUGCAGAGGUUGGAUAUGGACGGUGAUGGACAAGUGGAUUUUGACGAAUUUAUGACAAUACUCGGCCCCAAGCUUUUGUCAUCUGAAGCGCGAGAAGGUUUUCAUGGCAGCACAAUAGACUCGAUAUUUUGGCAGUUUGAUAUGCAGAGGAUUACACUGGAAGAACUGAAGCACAUAUUAUUUCAUGCAUUCCGGGACCAUUUGACAAUGAAAGACAUCGAGAACAUCAUCAUCACGGAGGAGGAGAGUCUGAAUGAAAGUUCAAGUAACUGUCACGCUGAGUUUGAAGUGCAUUCGCAAAAGAAGAAUAGACAGACGUGCGUGAGGAAGAGCCUGAUUUGUGCGUUUGGAGUGGCUUUCAUCAUAAGUGUCAUGUUGAUUGCAGCAAACCAGAUACUCAGGAACGGCAUGGAGUAGCUUCCUAACGGGCCAGCCGCUGGCGUGAGCGGACAGCACACGAUCCCAUCAGUGGGGAAACUCCAGUGGACUCCUGAAUUAGGAACACAGCAACCUGUAUAUAGGAAUAGAAGAUAUUUAUACCAGGGACACGGAGCCCAAAUGGAAGCGAUUCCUUUUAACUCCACAAAUAUAGGAUCCCACAAACAGGGGUCAUUCUUUUAUAAAAAGGGCUGAAUUAUUAAAGACUGGUUUUGAUACUGCAAUAAGAUGCAGAAGUUCUGAAUUAUAGCAAUGGUUGGGAGUCGUGAUAUGGCCCGGGGAAUUUGUUUCCCAAGGUAGGAAAACGAUCAGUGCAACAAUGAAGUGCUGUUCUCUCCAACUUUCUCUCCAACAUCUUGAAACCUCACGGUAGUCUCCAGCUAUCUUCUGCUGAGUCAUGGAUUGUGUGUGUGAGUCUGGUACACGUUUUACAGAAUUAGAUACAAUUCAAGUUUCCAGUGCUGUGGAAUCUAUUCCUGUUUGCUUUGCAGAAGCUGUAAGCUGAUAUUGGGAUGGACACAAGGCUUGAAGCACUGAUUUGUGUCAUGACUUAGACUACUGCCAGCGGAUAGGAGCCAGGCAAACACUGUCCUCUGUUGGUGCAAACGCUAAACUCAAUGAGGCUAAAAAUGGAGCAAAAAAUAGUCGCUGAUUUUGUUUCACAAUGAAUAGUUUUUACUGUCUGUAAACGUGCCAAUGCCUAGCAAUAGCUACUGUUGCCUCCAGCAAAAUCAGCAUUACCUAGUUUACUUUAUGGUGCUGCUAAUAUCAGUGUUGUCAUCAGUGACACAGAUGUAAAGAGAAAGGGCAGCACGGUGGC